GUGUCAGUCAGAGGGAGGGGGGUGCACCGCUAAUUUCUAUAUGCCUGUAUGUCAAUUGAAGAGCCAGAUUGUGUUCUCGUUCGUCGCUGUCAAUAGAAGCAGCAAGCCUCGCUGGGAUUGCCUUGGUCUGGGAUUUCUACGUGUAACUGGAGACGCUCGAGACGUGCGUCUACCUGCUCACACUGAACCUUUGGAUAUUGCUGCUACUUUAAACGCAUCCGCACACUUCAGUCUCGUGGUAUUUUUGCGUUUGAAGUGAACUGCGGUGUGUCUGACCUGCACGCCCGAGGAAAGACUCAUCACAAAACUUUAAAGAAGACUUUACAACUUUGGAGUUACAUGUAGUAAGUGUACAUCGCCGUGCGUUCACUUGAUUUAUCAUCUGACAGAAGCGGACUAUUCCUCUGGGAAAACUUAACAGAAGGCUUGAAAAAUGUUCAGCAAGUGCUCCGUUGUGUUAUUGAAUGUUUUUUUUUUGGUGCGGGUGCUCUCGGCUAAUGAGUGCACGCCGUGUACUCUCCGGACUUGUCCUGUCAAAGCCCCGCACGGCUGCGAAGGUGGCCGGACCUUGGCCAGGGAUCCGUGCGGAUGCUGUGACCAGUGUGCCCGGCUGGAGUGGGAGCCAUGCGGCGGACAGGACUGGGCGCAUGGCUACUGCGCCCUGGGACUGACCUGCGCCUCUGUUAACAAAACAGGAGCAGCCACAAUCCCUGAAACUGGAGUAUGUAAAGUGCUCCCUGAUCAUCCAGAGGCAGGCUUGGAGGAUGAGCGCUGUCCCUUGAUGACAGGCUGCGAUAGAGCUGGAGGUCAGUGUGUGUGCGAUGCCCGUCACUCCUGCUUGGGCUCUUUCACCUACCCAGACCAAGAAACCUGCAUGAAAGCCAGCAAGUCAGAUGUUCGCAGGCACGAGCACCUGGAAAGACACAAAGAGAAGUAUGUGGGACCAUCCAACCGGGCCUGCAUGUUCUCUGGCUGUAACCUGACCACCGAGGGCUGUGUGUGUGAGUCUCAGAGCUGCCACCACCACUUCGCCUACAUCAACCGCAGCCAGUGCCAGGAAGCCGCAGAGGAGCUGAGGUGUGCUGGGCUGACGUGUCCAACUCUGCAGGUGCCCUCCUGCCCCAAGGGUUCAGUCCUGACCAAGAGUUACACGCCCCCUACUGGUUGCUGCCCCUCCAUACCGCCCCAGUGCACUUGCGACCUCCGUGCCUGCCGCAAGCCCCAGUGCCCGAACGGACAGCGCGCCGUGCCACUCAGCCAGGCCAGCGGUCAGCCAGGAGACUGCUGUGAUGUCUUUGAGUGCCAGAAAGUCUCUCCCAAGUGUGUCCACAAUGGGAAAGAGUUUUCCGAGGGCGAGGUGUACCGCAUGGACCCCUGCUGGCUGUGUCAGUGCCGCGGAGGAAUCUCCUUCUGCUCCAAGGCGGAGUGCGCUGAGCUGGACUGUGAAAACUUCUACAUUCCUGAGGGCGAGUGUUGCCCUGUCUGCAUAGAUGUGGAGUUACUAUCAAUGGAGAGCACUAAGGCCAGUUGCUGGGUGAAUAAUAAGCUGCGGGCCCAUGAGGAGCAGUGGAAAGAGGACGAUUGCACCUUCUGCCAGUGUGUGGAUGGAGAACCGCACUGCACGGCCAUGGCCUGCAAACAGAGCUGCCAAUACCCUGUCAAGAUACCGGGAGAGUGCUGUCCCUUCUGUGAAGAGCCUUCUUACGAAACUGUUAGCCCCAUGCUAUGCCCUCCUCUGGUAAACUGCUCCCUGUCAGGGAAUGACUGCCUCUACGGCUUCCAACAAGACAGAAAUGGAUGUCUGCUCUGCCACUGUCUCAACAAUGACUCCUGCCCUGACCUGGGAAAAUACUGUUCACUGCAAUGCCCAAUGGGCUACAAGAAGGAUGAUUUUGGCUGUGAUGUGUGCGAGUGCAGCAUGCCCAGGUGCCGACCUUUGACCUGCACUAAGACCUGCCCCUAUGGAUAUGUGAGAAACAAGCAUGGCUGUGAGAUGUGUCGCUGUGUCAAGUGUCCUCCCUUCACCUGUGACAAGCACUGCAGCGACGGCUAUCGGCAGAACAGGAAGGGCUGCUCCAUCUGCAUGUGUAAAGAAAGCAGCCAUGUCCCAAGCACCACUCCCCUGGCCCCGAUGCCCAGCUAUUGCCUCACCUCCAAUGGGCACCGGUAUGAGGAAGGCGACGGCUGGCACGACGGUUGUCGUGACUGCUACUGCCACUCCGGACGGGAGAUGUGUGUGCUCAUUUCCUGCCCCGUACCCAGCUGUUCUCACCCAGUUGUAAGGCCUGACCAGUGUUGUCCUACAUGUGAGGAUGAGUCAGGCAGCGGUCUGCCAGAGGGGAUGGACAUGGUGGUGUGCAGAGCACCUGGGGGAGAAUUUUAUGUGGAGGGGGAGACCUGGAACCUGGACGAGUGCACAAGGUGCACCUGCAGGAAAGGACGUGUCCUGUGCGACACUGAAGUGUGUCCACCAGCUCUCUGCCAGACACCAAUCAGAAACAAGAACACCUGUUGCCACGUAUGCCCAGAGGAGACACUGAGCCCCUUGCUGCCAGUGAACAACAGCCAGCAGGAGUACUGCAUAACCAGCGAUGGGGACGUGCUACUGGCCGGGGACUCCUGGAAGGCCAACGCCUGCACCAGCUGCACCUGCAACAAUGGCACCAUUCAGUGUUUCUCUCAGCGCUGUCCGGCUGCCAACUGCAGGGUGCCCGUCUUACGCAAGGGCCAGUGCUGCCCACACUGUCUCGAAAUUACAACGUCAGUACCGGUGAUGGUGUCUACCGACGCCCCCAAGACAAUGGUCCCUAUUACAGUGGAGAGUGCAGUGUGGAUGACCACAAUCACUGUACCACCCAUCAUUGCUGAGACAGAUGAGCCAGGUUUGCGUGAGAUUUACCCCAGCCAAACAGAGAUGGCCAUCAUCUACCAAUCAGCAGCCUGGAUCCUGGCAGGUCUCCUUCUGGCUAUCAUUAUCUUCCUCGUCGUGGCAUUAAUAAUCAACAAGAAAAAGAAGUGGGUGCAGAUGUCCUGCUACAGUGCACCAAAGAAGACGGUGAUCCUGAAGAAGCACGUAAACAAGAACUCAGUGGUCUACAUGGAGCCCUCCAAGGAGAACAAAUUUCAGAAUGUGAAGAAGGACUGCGGCAUCAUCCAUUUCUCUCCAGAAAUGAGCUCCACCUGCGCAGACAAGAUGACCAUCCCCAGGGCCAAGCUGAGCAUGGGCAACGACUGGACAAAGCGCUAAAACACACACACACACACACACACACACCGCUCAAACUCUGCAGAUCAGAGCUGUCCGGCACCUCCCACUCUCUCUUAUUGUUGUAUCCAUGGUGAUUAGCGCAACAGUGCACACACACACACCUUGGGUGCCGCCGCCUUGUUCCCACCCUUCUGUCUUUGUGAAACUGAGGAUGCUCUACAAGAGACAAAGCAAGUGACCUUGGUUUCUUUUAAUAUGUUUCCAUAUUGUUCUGUGUUUGGAUCUUUGUGGUGGGAGGUGGAUGCACGGGUGGACAUAUAAAGGACACAGCCACUCCGGGCUCUGCUUUAAAACAGAGAGGGAGGCAGCCAGAGAGGCUCCUCGGUCAGAAUCAGACUAUGACUGUGAACAUUGUAAUAUUAUUGCCUCCUUUUGAAACUGGACUUUAAGGCAACAGGAGCAUAAAAAGCUUUAGGACAGGGGUUCGGGCUUUAGUUAAAAGAGGGUGUCGAGGAUGCUGCGCCCCUCUGAGUUCAGCAAUGCUCCAUGGAUGUAAUCGUUUUCAUCAGCAGGGAGGCCAAAGGAACUGAUAAUCCAAUUGGAUCAAAUUGGGUUCAGCAGCCAAAUCAUAAUAAGUCAACAGGCCCAACAUAUAGACCCCCAGAUCCAACCCCCUGCUUUAGAAUGUGUGGUUUCCAUAUUAGUUUUUGUAUAUUUCUACAGUAUUUGUACUAGUUGUAGUGUUGUUCUUGGCCAUAUCUUGUUUUUAUUAUCGGUGUCUCUGUGGGGCACAUUCCCACGAUUAAGUUCAGGAAGGCCCGCUUCCCAAAUAAUAGCCUAGUUCUACCUUCAAAUGACCUGAGUCAUUCCAUUCAGAAAACUUUGACAACAAACCGCAAUUCUACAAAAUGAAAAAUGCUUCCUCUUCCAACCGCAAUACAAUGACUCAAGUUGUACUUCAUCAAUACAAAAAUUGCAAGUUCAAGUAGAGUGAUGUUCAUCCAAGAGGAAUGUCAUUUUAUUGACUGCAGAGUGGUGCCAGACGCUUUAUCUGGACCUAUAUGGAAUGCCUUUGAUACCAUGCCUCACUUCAUAAC